UCGUCUUGUCUUCAACCCCAUCAUUUCGACCCUCAGCAGGGACUUCGCUCCUUAUACCUUUUUCGAGUUUACGUCUUACUUAGUUUUUGUUUUUAAUUAACCUAUCCUUGCCGCGCCAUCAGCCCGCCUGAAUCUGCCAUUUCCGAAGCGACCGCGACAGCACGACCAUCUUCUCAGAUUACCUACUCCAGUUCAGCCUCGACUCCUGGUUCCUCGGCUGCCGGCAGAGAGCUCAACUCCGUUCUUAAUAUCACGCUCUAUUCUCCAUACUCUACAGCGACUAGCAAUCGACGAGAGGCCGCUGCUCCAUCCAUCAGCCUACCCCCGGCUAGCGGCUUUGAUAUUUCGGCCACGAGGCUACCCAGCAGCAGGGAAAACAGAUAGGGCCUCGAAUACACCAGACGCGCGGGUCGCAGUCCGGGAUACAGCACAGCAGACCAUCGCAAAAUGGCCGUCGCAUCGAUCCAAGACCGGACCGCCGAGUUCAAAUCGGUCCUCGCCCAGGCGCAGCGCCGCCAGAAUGCAAACAAGGCGAGCGCGCAGCGGAAAUCGCUGCUCAACGACGCGCAAAAGUCGGCCGCAAAUGGAGAUGGGCGAGUGAGGAGAUCAGACUUUGCCAGGAAGGCGGCGGAGAUUGGAAGAGGCAUCUCGGCCACCAUGGGCAAGUUGGAAAAGCUGGCGCAACUCGCAAAGCGCCGCACCCUCUUUGACGACCGGCCUGUGGAAAUCAACGAGCUCACAUUCGUCAUCAAGCAAGAUUUGUCUUCCCUGAACCAGCAGAUCGGCGCCCUGCAGACAAUGUCGAAACAGCAGCACCCAAAGGCAGACCAGGAAGGCGAACACAACAAAAACGUCGUCUAUCUACUGCAGGGCAAGUUGACGGAUGUCUCAGUCAACUUCAAGGACGUGCUGGAAGCCCGAACAAAGAACAUUCAAGCGUCGCGGUCGCGCACCGAGAACUUUAUAUCUUCAGUGUCUCAGCAUGCGCAGCACUCUCAGCCGUCCCUGCAGCAAUCCGCAUCGCCGCUAUACGGGACCCCGAACCGAGCAUCGCCUGCGCCUGGCAACGACACCCUAUCGCUAAACCCCGGCCCCAUGGGCGAUCAGCAGCUGAUGAUGAUGGAAGAGGCGAACCCGGCCAACUCGUAUAUCCAGCAGCGAGGCGAAGCCAUUGAGGCCAUUGAGAGGACAAUCAACGAGCUGGGCGGCAUCUUUGGCCAGCUGGCCACGAUGGUUGCCGAGCAGAGCGAGAUGAUUGAGAGAAUCGACGCCAACACGGACGACAUUGUGGACAAUGUGGACGGAGCGCAGCGCGAGCUGAUGAAGUACUGGUCGCGAGUAUCGAGCAACCGAUGGCUGAUUGCCAAGAUGUUUGGAGUUUUGAUGAUUUUCUUCUUGCUAUGGGUUCUGGUUUCGGGCUAAGAAGAUGGCCAAUAUGAUUGCUUCUCAUAGACGCGGCUGUACGGAUAUCAUUCAGGACGGUCUUGCUGUCCAUUUCAUUUCUAUCAAUUGAAGUUGGUGUUGUACAAUUAGGUGGAGCAGAGGCAUUAAUCAAGGAAGAUGGGGCAAAGAAUAAAGGACGGCGUUGUUGGCAUUGGGAAUUUUUCAAGUUUUAUGUCAUCCUUCAUGUCACUUUUAACGUUGCUUGUUUGAAUUUUCUGCAAUUGGCAGACUACCGUCAGCCUGAAGGAACAUGUAUGUAUUUUGCUGCCACACGCUCUCAGCGAUUUUCACAUGAUGGAUGUCGCACA